AUGUUGGAAUACAUCUCCUUCACCUUCAUCUCCACCUCCAUCCUCUUCUUCUUCCUCCUCAAAUCCCGUCCGGCAAACAAAAACCCAUAUCCAGGAUCCUACCCUGUAAUCGGAAACAUCAACAGCUUCCUCCGGAACUUCCACCGGUUCCACGACUGGGUCACGGAGAUGCUCCACCGCACGCCGUCGGCGUCGGUUCAAGUCAACUCCUUACUCAACAUCUCCACCGGUGUCUGCACUUCGAAUCCAGACAACAUCCAGCACAUGCUGACUUCCCCAAACGUCUUCAGCUACAUCAAGGGCUCCCGCUUCCACGCUGUCCUCCACGACCUCCUCGGCGACGGCAUCUUCAACGCCGACGGCCAGAUCUGGGCCGUCCAGCGCAAAAUCGCCAGCAACGAGUUCUCCACCAGGUCGCUAAAACUGUUUGUGUCGGAAGUGGUGGACUCGGAGAUCUCCGAAAACUUGCUUCCCUUUCUGUCCGAAGCAGAGGAGGAAAACAGGGGUUUCGAUCUUCAGCAGGUGUUGAAUAAAUUCGCUUUCAGAAGCAUUUGCAGAGUUGGGUUCGGUGUGGAUCCUGAAUUGUUUGUCCAGGAUCUCGAUUUCAUGAAAGCAUUCGACUACGCGGUGGAGACUUGCUUCUCGAGGUUCACCUCCCCUGUUCCUCUGUUUUGGAAGCUCAAGAGGUUUCUCAAUCUCGGGUCGGAGAGGCGGUUCAAAGAGUCGGUCAACACGAUCAACGAUUUUUCUCAGUCAUUGAAUUGA